AUGAAGUUCUUCAAUUUCUUCGCUGCAGCAGCAUUGACUUCUAUUGCCAGCGUUUCGGCAUACGAGACGACCGAGAAGCAAGUGGUUGACAUCUUGAUUGAUUAUUCCAUCACACAGACACCAGAGUUGACACGUAACGACGUUGCUGAGUGGAUCAACGGCGAUGAGGUCACCAUUGAGUACCAUGUCAACAACAACGAAGCAGAAGAAAUCACCGUGAUUGGAGUCACUGGCCAAUUCACCAACCCGGUGACCAAUGAGGUCGUCACCAACUUGACGCAAGGCAGAGUCGGUCCUCUCACCAUUGCUCCAGGCACAUCGGGCUCCUUUAAGCAAAACAUUGGCAUCGACUUGGUUCCUGACAACUAUGAGUUGGUUCCUCAAGUUUUCAUUGCUCACCAGGACUUGAUCAAAGUUAUUCCAUGCCGCGGACAGUUGGCUUCAGUUUCAGACAAGGUCAUUUCCUUCCUUGACCCAAGACUCAUCUUUUUGGAGUUGGUCUUGUUGGCUUCAUUGGGCGGCGUUGCUUAUUUGGCUUACGAAAUCUGGGGUAAAAAAUAUUUACACGGCGUUUCCGCUGCUAAAGCUAAAAAGACACAGGUUUCCGCUCCAGCUAGUGCUGGAGCUGGAGCUGGUGCCGGUGCCGGUGCUCUGACCGCGUCCGGUUACAACGUCGACUGGCUUCCCGAGGGACACUUGAAGCAAAAAAAGACCAAAAAAGUAGCAUAA